AUGGCACGCGCAAAAGGCGGCCGUGGUCGUGGUCGUCUUAAUACGGUCCCUUUGGACGAUAUGAUGGAAAGCAAAAUUCGCACGUAUGAGGGACGAGACUGUGUACAGCAGCUGGAUCAAUUGCAUCGCCUGUUUCCACGUUUCAAAAGAGCUUACAUCAAUCGUAUAUUCACUAAAAAUUUCUUGAAUUAUGACAAAACCUUCCAGGAGCUGAAUGCAGAGAAUGAGAAAUACCUUGAAAAAUGUGCCAACGUGCGUCUUAUCCAGGGAUCGAAGAAUUCGGAUUCUAAACGAGAUUCGAAGAGCGGAAAUCGGGCAGACUUAACCCCGCUCAAUCCUGAAGGUCUCUUGUACUUAGAUAUACCUCUUGGAAAAUGUCCACCACAAAUCGCGAGCACAUUGUAUCGACGGGUCAUUGUAAACCCAGAUGGUACCGUUGAAUCAGCCGAAGAACACGAAAAAAAAUACCUAGAUUCAAAUGGUAUUACAACCCCGGUGUUGAAGCCACCUUGCUUACCACCACCCAAAGUUCGACCUUUUCCCACUCCUCCUCUUCAAAUUGUCAACCUUCCUCUGCCGGAUCCUAUGAUUCCUCUCGGCGAAGAGCUGGAUAACCCACAGCCUGCAGCGGCAAAGGGCCCCACUCCUGCACAGUCUGGCAAUCGCUUCUUCCGUACGAACAGGGUUUGCGAAACCGAAAUCAAAAAGCGAGGUUAUGUGGAUCGUGAACUGCGCACCAGUGUGAAGUCCACUCCAAGCAGUCGCAGGUCACGCAAUGCACUAGCGCUCAAACCAGAUGCAGACAGUGGGGACACGUCUGAUAGCAAAGAAGGUGAUGCAGCUACCUACAUGGCGUCUGUUGGCGUCGUGAGCACACCAUUACCCCGGAAAAGGAAGACAAAAUCCCCGAAAGACGAGUCCAGGCCAACUGCUGUACCUGUGCCUGAUGACGGAUUAAGUCUAACCAACGAGGAACGUAGACAAAUAAUGGAAUUUUUCAACGAAGCUUCUUCGGAAGAAUUGUCUCUUAUGUCCGGCUGUUCACAGAAAACCGCUCAGAUUCUCAUGUCUUUGCGGCCAUUUGACAACACCACUCAUCUCCUUAACCGUCUUUCAGGCACGAGAUUCCUAUCGCCAAACUUGAUUGAUUCGUGCAAAGAGGUUUUACAGAUGCGAAUGACGGUGGUUCGUUUAUUGCAACGUUGUGAGUCCAUUGCCGAGAGAGUUUCCAAACAGAUUGCUCAAUUGCUCGCUAACUCGGUCGCUAUGCCCACAGAGGAUAUUCCCGAAUCCAGUUCUUUGCUUACUCAGCAACCAUCUAUAUUGAACCCACUACGCGAGCUAAAACCCUAUCAGUUGGUUGGAUUGAACUGGUUGCGACUACUGCACCAAGAAAAAGUCAACGGAAUUCUAGCGGACGAAAUGGGUUUGGGUAAAACCAUACAGGCGAUCGCAUUCCUUGCCAGCCUAAGGGAGAAUGGAGACCGAGGCCCGCACCUCAUCAUUUGUCCUAGUUCUACACAGGCCAACUGGCAAAGAGAAUUGGCUGAUUGGUGCCCUCACUUGAAGGUUUUAGUUUAUCAAGGAUCUGUUGAACAACGGAAAGCCAUGCGUCUCAGUAUUUACGAUAGUACUGCACCUGAGUUCAAUGUUCUUCUCACGAGUUACGUGAUGGGCACCAGCACUAUUGAGGAUCGAGUCCUCAUGAAGCGACUGAAUUUCCACUACGGCAUUUUUGAUGAGGCACACAUGCUGAAAAACAUGCUGUCUCACCGGUAUAAACAUCUGGCCAAUUUUCAUGUUCAAAGACGCUUGCUGCUCACUGGCACACCAUUACAAAACAAUCUGAUGGAAUUGGUCUCACUGUUGGCCUUCGUCAUGCCGGAAAUGUUUGGACGGACUACAGAAUUGCUCAAACGCAUGUUUCCAUCGUACUCACACAUUGAAUAUCUCUCCUGUUUCCAGAAACCACCGGUUGCCAACAACAACAAUACAUCCGAUGAAAACAGCAGUCCUCAGAGCACAAAGUUUGAACUGGAACGAUUAGAGCAAGCAAAGAAUCUACUCAAACCUUUCUUCUUGAGACGUCUGAAGUCCCAGGUAAACGAAUCGCGAGUUUUUGUUAAUGGAGACGAGACGAUCUCUUCAAAUAACUCCCCGGAAUCACUAUCGAAUAUGCUUUGGCAGUUACGUAAGGCCGCCAACCAUCAAACUCUUCUGAACCGGAUAGCAUACAGCGAAGAUCAGCUUCAAGACAUCGCGGAAGCAUUGCAUUUGGAUUCUAGUCAUUCCAAUUCCGAUGUCAAGCUAAUUUACGAGGACUUGAAAGUGCUAAAUGAUCAUCAAGUACACAGGAUCUGUCAGCAUUAUGAAAUACUGUCUCCGUAUGCGCUUCCCAUAGCAGUUAUUUCUGGUGGAUCAGGAAAAAUCGCUUGGUUAGAAGAAAAUGUGCCUAAACUCGUGGCCCAAAAUCACCGAUUACUGAUUUUCAGUCAAUUUGUUCUUGUACUCGAUAUUUUGGAAGAAUUCUUAAGAUUCAAAGAUUGGCGCUAUGUUCGUCUUGAUGGUGGUACUCCGGUGGACGAACGACAGCGACUUAUCGAUCGGUUUAACAGGCCCGUCCACGUAAUACGGCUGAUAUCCGAAGGGACAAUUGAAGAAAGAAUUUUGAACGUGGCUUCCGAAAAAUUACAGUUGGAAGAGAACGUAACGGGUGCCGCUAGUGGUCCCACUUUUGAAGAAAUGGAUCCAACCGUAUCCACAGUGGGCAUAUCUGAUAUGUCUUCGAACCAUGAAGAGCUCCCUGAACCCGAUGUUACUCAACAAAUUCUUGGUUCUUCACGUUACAAUUUGAAACGAAACCAAGCACAGUCUGAGGCGUCUACAUUAAUGCGAUCCCAUCGUCUAACUGAGCGUGAACUUUCCUCACUGCUGGCGGAUGCUUUGAAGACAAAUCCCUAA